AUGUAGCGAGCAGCAGCUCUGGAGGACAGCACGCUCAAACCAGUUCACGUCGAAGAGCAUCCGAAGAUGACAUGCAUCUGCCCCCAGCGACCCAUUUCCUCCUCUCACUAAAGCUCAAGGUCCUUCGCCGUUAAUGUCACCGGAAGACACACAGUGGAUUGGGUGAACGCGCGUUCACGUUUAUCAGCUCGGACAAUAUCGUCGCAUAAUGAUGCGCUUCUUUUGAUGUCUGCGAAGCUGUCUGAACACGAAAAUAUUUGUCAGUAAGUCUGGUUUCCUGACUACAUACCAGCAGCUCUCUUCAGUCUGUCUUGAUAGAGGAAAUUGGAUAAGGAUGGAUCCAGAGCAGCAGAUUCAAAGCCAGUGCCAGACUAAAGAUCUGGCAUCAUCUGCACAACCAGAAGGACCAGCAGAUCCAUCCUCCACAUCUUCUCCAGCUCCAGCCAGGCCACGCCGGCCCCAGAGGAGCCCACGAGUGGAAGGAUCUUUUGACGUAUCGGAGCUCAAACCUCCAGAGUGUCCUGAAGCGCAGCAGUUGAGCAGCUCCAGUCAGCCGUCAGAGCUCAGUGUUGAUCAUGGACCUGAACACAAGCUUUUAGGACACGCCGCCGUGUCCCGGAGCCACAUUGCAAUGAGGGCCGCCUCUCUUCCUCAGACCCCGUCUUACAGACCCCCACUGUCUGAUGCCCCCCUGCAGCCGCAGAGAGCCCUGUCUGUCGCUGGGACCGCCGACACUCAGACGCAGCUGCUGGAGGAUUUCAGAGUGCACAUUAUCUCGUGGAACGUGGGCUCAGCCAUGCCUCCUGAAGACAUCACUUCAUUACUGGGGCUCAAUGUUGGCGAUGGGAACACAGACAUGUAUAUUAUAGGCUUACAGGAAGUGAACUCUAUGAUCAACAAAAGACUGAAAGAUGUUCUUUUCACUGACCAGUGGAGCGAGGUCUGCAUGGAUGCUCUCAGCCCCUUUGGAUAUGUACUGGUCACCUCUCAGAGAAUGCAGGGAAUGCUGCUGCUGGUCUUCUCCAAGUACUUUCACCUGCCGUUCCUGAGAGGCAUUCAGACACAGACCACUCGCACCGGCCUCGGCGGGAUCUGGGGAAAUAAAGGAGGCAUCAGUGCUCGCAUGAACGUGUUCGGCCACUCGAUCUGUUUCUUGAACUGUCAUCUGCCUGCACACAUGGAGAACUCAGACCAGCGCAUGGAGGACUUCGAAAGCAUCCUGCAGCAGCAGCAGUUUGAAGUACAAGCUGCUACGGGUGUCCUGGAUCACGAUGUGGUUUUCUGGUUUGGAGACCUGAACUUCCGAAUCGAGGACCUGGACAUGCAAGUUGUGAAAGCAGCCAUUGACAGUAACAAACUGUCCACAUUAUGGGAAAAAGACCAGCUGAAUAUAGCUAAAGACAGUGAGACUGUGCUCGAAGGCUUUCACGAGGGGCCGCUUAAAUUCCCUCCCACGUAUAAGUUUGAUGUGGGCACAGACACGUAUGAUACCAGUGGUAAGAAGCGUAAGCCAGCGUGGACCGAUCGCAUACUCUGGCGUUUGAGGCCGAUGGUUCAGGUCAGCACCAGCGUGUCGAAGCGCAGCUCCUUCUCAGGUCUAAGCAGCAGAACCUGUGUGUCGCAGCAUUUUUACCGCAGCCACAUGGAGUACACCAUCAGUGACCACAAGCCCGUCUCCUCUAUGUUCACUCUGCAGUUCCCAUAUAAGGCGGACAUGCCUUUGGUAACACUCUCUGUGGAGGACGAAUGGAGAGAGGUAUCAGAUGCAGUGGCCAAAUUCAAGGUGGCACCCAACUUUCCCCGAAGCUCUUGGGACUGGAUUGGACUUUACAAGGUUGGGUUUAAACAUCAUAAAGACUAUGUGACUUACGUUUGGGCCAAGCAGGAAGAGUCUGAUUUCCUGAGACAGGAGCACGAAGUGAUUUUUACCGAGGAGGAAUUGCCAAAGGAUUCAGGGGACUUCAUACUGGGUUAUUACAGCAACAAUAUGAGCUCCAUUGUGGGCGUCACCGAGCCAUUCCAGAUCCAACUGCCAGCGUCCAGCGCAGCCGGUCUGAGUCCGUCUGACAGCUCGGACUUCACGUCUGAUGAUGAGCUGAAGAAGAGCGACUCCUGUGACUCCAGCCCUGAGACUGAAGAGCAGCAGAGCAGCAGCUGGAGCUCCAGACGAGCCCGAGAGCUGACGGCUGACCCCCACGAACCGCACACCAAACUCACCUCUGCACCGUCCAGCUCCAGCAGGUCCUCAGACGCCCCCGUCGCUGCGGAGGACAGCUCCAACUCAGCAAAAGAUGCAGCCGAGCCAGAGGAACCUUAGCUAAGCACA